AUGGAAGGGUCAAGCACCAAAGGUCCCCGGCCCAGGUCCCCCCGGCUCCACGGCCCGGCUCCACUGCCCAGCUCCACGCCCAGCUCCCCCCGGCUCCACGGCCCAGCUCCACGGCCCAGGUCCACGGCCCAAGUCCCCCCAGCUCCACGGCCCACGGCCCAGGUCCACGGCCCAAGUCCCCCCAGCUCCACGGCCCACGGCCCAGGUCCCCCCAGCUCCACGGCCCAGCUCCCCCCGGCUCCACGGCCCAGGUCCUCCCGGCUCCACGGCCCAGCUCCCCCCGGCUCCACGGCCCAGGUCCCCCCAGCUCCCCCCGGCUCCACGGCCCAGGUCCCCCCAGCUCCCCCCGGCUCCACGGCCCAGGUCCCCCCAGCUCCACGGCCCAGCUCCCCCCGGCUCCACGGCCCAGGUCCCCCCAGCUCCCCCCGGCUCCACGGCCCAGGUCCCCCCAGCUCCCCCCGGCUCCACGGCCCAGGUCCCCCCAGCUCCCCCCGGCUCCACGGCCCAGGUCCCCCCAGCUCCACGGCCCAGGUCCCCCCAGCUCCACGGCCCAGCUCCCCCGGCUCCACGGCCCAGGUCCUCCCGGCUCCACGGUCCCCCCAGCUCCCCCCGGCUCCACGGCCCAGGUCCCCCCAGCUCCCCCCGGCUCCACGGCCCAGGUCCCCCCAGCUCCACGGCCCAGCUCCCCCCGGCUUCACGGCCCAGGUCCUCCCGGCUCCACGGCCCAGCUCCCCCCGGCUCCACGGCCCAGGUCCCCCCGGCUCCACGGCCCAGGUCCCCCCGGCUCCACGGCCCAGGUCCCCCCAGCUCCACGGCCCAGCUCCCCCCAGCUCCACGGCCCAGGUUCCCCCGGCUCCUCGGCCCAGCUCCCCCCAGCUCCACGGCCCAGGUUCCCCCGGCUCCACGGCCCAGCUCGGCCCAGCUCCCCCCGGCUCCACGGCCCAGGUUCCCCCGGCUCCACGGCCCAGGUCCCCCCGGCUCCACGGCCCAGGUCCCCCCGGCUCCACGGCCCAGCUCCCCCCGGCUCCACGGCCCAGCUCCCCCCGGCUCCACGGCCCAGGUCCCCCCAGCUCCACGGCCCAGCUCCCCCCGGCUCCACGGCCCAGGUCCCCCAAGCUCCCCCCGGCUCCACGGCCCAGGUCCCCCCAGCUCCACGGCCCAGGUCCCCCCAGCUCCACGGCCCAGCUCCCCCCGGCUCCACGGCCCAGGUCCUCCCGGCUCCACGGCCCAGCUCCCCCCGGCUCCACGGCCCAGUUCCCCCCAGCUCCCCCCGGCUCCACGGCCCAAGUCCCCCCAGCUCCACGGCCCACGGCCCAGGUCCCCCCAGCUCCACGGCCCAGCUCCCCCCGGCUCCACGGCCCAGGUCCUCCCGGCUCCACGGCCCAGGUCCCCCCAGCUCCCCCCGGCUCCACGGCCCAGGUCCCCCCAGCUCCCCCCGGCUCCACGGCCCAGGUCCCCCCAGCUCCACGGCCCAGGUCCCCCCAGCUCCACGGCCCAGCUCCCCCCGGCUCCACGGCCCAGGUCCUCCCGGCUCCACGGCCCAGCUCCUCCCGGCUCCACGGCCCAGGUCCCCCCAGCUCCCCCCGGCUCCACGGCCCAGGUCCCCCCAGCUCCCCCCGGCUCCACGGCCCAGGUCCCCCCAGCUCCACGGCCCAGCUCCCCCCGGCUUCACGGCCCAGGUCCUCCCGGCUCCACGGCCCAGCUCCCCCCGGCUCCACGGCCCAGGUCCCCCCGGCUCCACGGCCCAGGUCCCCCCGGCUCCACGGCCCAGGUCCCCCCAGCUCCACGGCCCAGCUCCCCCCGGCUCCACGGCCCAGCUCGGCCCAGCUCCCCCCAGCUCCACGGCCCAGGUUCCCCCGGCUCCACGGCCCAGCUCGGCCCAGCUCCCCCCGGCUCCACGGCCCAGGUUCCCCCGGCUCCACGGCCCAGGUCCCCCCGGCUCCACGGCCCAGCUCCCCCCGGCUCCACGGCCCAGCUCCCCCCGGCUCCACGGCCCAGGUCCCCCCAGCACGGCCCAGCUCCCCCCGGCUCCACGGCCCCCCCGGCUCCACGGCCCAGCUCCACGGCCCAGGUUCCCCCGGCUCCACGGCCCAGCUCCACGGCCCAGGUUCCCCCAUUUCCACGGCCCAGCUCCCCCCGGCUCCACGGCCCAGGUCCCCCCGGCUCCACGGCCCAGGUCCCCCCAGCACGGCCCAGCUCCCCCCGGCUCCACGGCCCAGCUCCCCCCGGCUCCACGGCCCAGGUCCCCCCAGCACGGCCCAGCUCCCCCCGGCUCCACGGCCCAGGUCCCCCCGGCUAGGUCCCCCCGGCUCCACGGCCCAGGUCCCCCCGGCUCCACGGCCCAGCUCCCCCAGCACGGCCCAGCUCCCCCCAGCACGGCCCAGCUCCCCCCGGCUCCACGGCUCAGCUCCCCCCGGCUCCACGGCCCAGGUCCCCACUGCCCAGCUCCACAGCCCGGGUCCCUCCGGCUCCACGAUGAUGUGCUUUUAG